UGCUUAUUUCAAUCUAUUCUCCACUUUUGUACAUAUACUCACAUACAUUCCUUUUUUUUUUUGUUUUUUGAAGUCAUGGAUAACAAACCAGCUUUAUAUGAAGAAUCCUCACAAUACCGACAUUGGCGAUUCAGUCCUUCACAGUUAUGGGAAAUACGACAAUCUUGCAAUGAAGCAGCUAUACAACGUGUGCGCAAAAACAUAGAAGAGGAUAAAGCAGCAAGUAAAACAACCUCAGAAGAAAAAGAACCAGUUUUCAUUACAGCCGAUGAACAGGUUAAACUAUGUCGAUAUUAUGAAGAACAAAUCCAAGUGAUUUGUCCUCAUUUGAAAUUAUCUGAUAUGGUGAUGGAUAUACUAUUUACCUGUUUAUUCAUGGCUACCAAAUCGGAAAGUGAACGGAUCUCUAUUAGUGAUUUUGGUAAAAAUCUACAAUUACCAAAUACUGAUAUGGUACUUUCUUUGGAAUUCACUGUAUCUCAAGGAUUACAAUUUGAAUAUAUGGUACAUCAUCCUUAUCGAGCAGCAUAUGGUUAUUACUUGGACAUUCAGCAUACAGGUGAUCCGAUAGAUCUAGAACUCUUACAAGCUACUUAUAAUCAAGUUGGUGGGGUCAUCAAAAAGAUGUUAUUGACUGAUUUACCUUUGAUCUAUCAACCUUCACAAUUGGCCAUUGCGGCUUUCAUCAUUGCUGGUCAACAUAAUGGAUUUGAUUUAAGAGUGAAAAGAUACUUGGAACAACGAUUGGAUAAAGAACUCGCAGAUACAUUAUACACCAUGACCAUUCUUAUAGAUGAAACUUUGAUUGAAAAUGCUCCAGUUCCUCUUAGUGUGGCAACAGAAAUCGAUGCUCGUUUACGCUCUUGUAAAAAUCCAGCCAAGAACCCAGAGUCUGCAUUGUAAGUUUUUCUUUUUAUGAUGAAGGAUGGUAACUGACGGUUGUUAUUUAGGUACAAGAAACGAUUGGCGGAAAAGGAAAGCAAUGAGGAUGGACAACGGAAGCGGGCCAAACUGGAGGAUGAUGAUGAUGAUGAUUUACCAUUUGAUCGACCUAACUAGUUUAGUGAAUCAUAUUUUUUUUUUAGUCUAUGAUUUAUUCUUCGUGUAGAUUCUUCUUGUAUUCGUUUUACCUUUU